CGUGUGCGCGACGAAAAAAAAUAUAAAUCGUAACGAGCAGAGGAAAAAACGUGUGAAAAAUACAUAAAAAGCGCGGCGCUGUCGUCCAUUAUCUUUCUUCUUCGUCAGUGUUCGUUAUCGUCGUAGUCUCGUCGUCCUUUUUUUCGUACUCGUCGUCGUUCCGAUCGAAGAAAGAAGAACCGCAUCAACAAGAACAGGAUACCCAGAAACCAACACCCACGCAAUGCAAAGGCUUUAACCGUUGACCUCAAAGGAUCAAAACGACGACAGACAACCGCGCAACAAACACAAAACCGGAGGAGCAGUCUCGCCGCCUAGGAUGUCCACAAAUUGGCAAUAAAUGAUAUUCGUGUGUAUGUAUGCGUUACUCUGACGACUCAACCUCUCAGUCGUCUCUCUCUCACGCCAACUGCUCUUUGGCUGUGCCUGCGUCUUCGCCGCUGCUCGUUCUGGUGUUCGUGUGACAACAAAUCUCACAUUUUGCUUCGUGACUAGUGUGUGUGUGUGUGUGUUUGGAGUACCGUUUUCUGGAUCAUUUCUAUACCGAGGCUUGGCAUGGCCGCUCGUGGAGAGAUCAAGAAUAUCAGGGAGAGCCAGCAACAGCACCAGAAUCAACAGUAAAUAUAAGGCUCAAAAGUAUUUAAAAACGAAAAACCUAGAAAGAACUAAGUGGAAAAAGUGCAACUCUUAUACAACAACAAAACAAAGCCAAAGCCAAAGUUUCAGGAUCUAUACAAAUAACAUAACAAAAAAGGAAGAAGUUAAGGCUCCACAACGUAGAAGUGGAAAAAAACCAUCUAAGAAUAAGCACAUACCACAAUCUCUCUCCUUUACGUAAUUAUUCAACCAUCCACCAACACCACCACACCCCACAAAAAGGAAGAAGAGAAACCACAAAAGAACCAACACACCCAACACCCAACCACAGAGUGGGUGGCAAAGGGGGGAAUAUCUAUAUUCGAUUAAAUAAAUCACACAACACACACCAAACAACAAAAAAAAAUAAACAAAACGACGAACAACCUGUUGCUGGCAACAAUGACAACCCUCGAGGAGCAUAUCGUCUUAACUCCCGUAGAUGCGGUGGAGUCGUCUCACGUGUCGCUGUGCGACGAUGUUACCAAUCUAUCGGUCCUCGACACGGACACGGAUGUGAGCAACACGAGCAGCAGCUCGAGCAGUUCCAGCAGCUCGAGCAGCUCUAGCUCCAGCACGGACACGGACACCGGCAAGGGCAGUAGCACCGUGGGCAGCUUAGAUGUGACGAGCGUGAGCUCGUCCAGCAUUGGGUCGGCCGCUGGUUCGAUUGCAUCGCCGGCCCCAUCAACGGCUAAUUCGAAUACAUCGUCGGGACUGGGCCUGGGCAUGGGCCUGGUGGUGGACAUAGAUAGCACGGCGAGCAGUCAGGAGCUGAGCAGCCAUGGCGUCAACGAGCUAGACUCGCUGGAGGACUCGUGCGGUGGCAUGCUUAAGGAUGGGGAUAAGCUCUGCAAGUUGUGCAGCACACGCCUGGUUAUGCCCCGCAUCUUGACCUGUCUGCAUGUCUUUUGCGAGGAUUGUCUGCAGGCCCUGGUGGCCACGGAUUCGGUGUCGGCCAGUUCGCCCAAUAGUUGUUCCUCAUCCUCCUUCGAUGGCAGCGAGAAUCAGCAUUCGCAUCGUUUGCCCUCGCUGUUGGAGUGUCCCGUUUGCAAGGAUGUCACCCGACUGGGUCCUAAGGGGGUGAAGGGUCUCACAUGCGAUUACAUUGUGACCAAUAUACUUGAUCUAUCGAACCUCGAAUCGGAGCAGAUACCCUGCACCUCGUGCAAAAGCAAGGAGGAGGCCAUGUCCCGAUGCAAUGAUUGUGCAAACUUUUUGUGCAACGGCUGCGACAAUGCCCACAAGUAUAUGCGAUGCUUCGAGAACCAUCAGGUGGUGCGCAUCGAGGAUUUACAGAAGAAUGUCCAGGACAAGCUGUUCAUCCACAAGCCCGUGUGCUGUGGCCAGCAUGUAAGCGAGAAUCUCAAAUACUAUUGCUUCACCUGCCAAGUGCCCACCUGCAAUGAUUGUCUGCUGGGCGAUCACAAGGGCAGCGACCAUCACUAUGAAACGGCCGUCGUUGCUGAGCAGGCAGUGCGCGCCGAUCUGGAGGACAUCAUUAGCGAUACUCUAAAGAAAGCCGACUAUUGCAAUGACGCCACCGGGAAUCUAAGCAGCGCUCUCACCGAACUACAAGCCCAAAACGACUUGGUCCAUCAGCAGAUCGAGGAGGGCUACAAGCUGUACAAGCGUAUUCUCGAGAAGAUCAGAGACGAUAUGAUCAAUGAACUGGGUCGCCUGCACUCGGAUCGUGAGCUCAAAAUAAUGGAUCUAAUGCAAAGUCUAGAGAACAACUCCGGGCGAUUGCAGCAGGCGGCGCAGUUUGGCCAGCGGGCCCUUGACAAGGCCAAUGCAGUGGAGUUUCUGCUGCUCAAGCCCCUCGUCACAUCCCAGUGCAAGAAACUGAUGGAGCAGACCCCUAAAUGUGACAUCAACUACCAGCUACAGUUUGAGACAAAGCCGGAGAGAUUCGAGCAGUUUGCCCGAAAUAUGUUUGGUAAAUUUGCCACCGAAUCCAGCUGCAGUCCCGUGGAUACACCCAAGCCAUUGUCACCGGUUCCGUCGUCACACCAGCAUCAGCAGCAGCAGCAUCAGCAGUUGCAGCAGUCGCAGUUGCCAUUGCAAUCACUGCAUCAUUCGUCGCCACUGAUUGUGGGUCAUGGCCAUGCCCAAGGUGGGAGCUCAUCGACGCGCGGCAGCUCCUCGGUGCAAGGACGCCUCAGCUCGGCCGUGUUUAGUCCAAAUUCGUUGCCAUCCUCAUUGCAAAGCUCGUUCGAUGGGGAUAACUCGGCCAUGACUAGCUUCUCGUUGAUGAGCACUUUGCCACCGGACUCGCCGUCACAGCUGCAGCAGCCGACACCGUUGCCGCAGUUACCACAAAUGCCGCAGAUGCCACAGAUGCCCGUCUUGCCCGUGAUGCCUCAGCAGCAACAGCAACAGCAACAGGCACAGCAGCAGCAGACACAACAGCAGGUGCAGGUGCAGCAGCAGCAGCAGCAACAGCAGCUUCAGCAGAAGCAACACCAACACCAACAACAGCAGGCGCAACAACACCAGCACCAACAGCAGCAGCAGCAACACCAACAGCAGCAGCAACAACAACAAGUAGUACUCCAUCAGCCGCAGGCACAGCAGCAGCCGCCUAUGCCACCGCAGAUUGCCCAACUUGUGACACCCCAGGGCAUUGUUCAAGUGCAGCAGCAGCAGCAGGCUCCUCAUGUAAAUCUGAAUGCCGGACCCGGACCAAACAUGGCCGCACUCAAUGGCAUAGCCGGAGGCGGCGGCGGAGGUCCACCCUCGUCCUUCAGCAUGCUGGAGUACAAUAUCUCAAGGCUGGCCAGUCUCACCGACACAAUGUCAGAUUCCCUAACCGAGGCAUUGGCCGUGGGCGGUGCCACCGCCGGACCGAAUGUGUCUCAGGUAACCGCUGGCUCAGCUGUAUCCGGCGGCCCUGGAGCUCCCCACCAUCAACAGCAGCAGCAACAACAACAACAGCAACAACAACAGCAACAACAACAACAGCAGCAGCAGCAGCAGGCGGUUAUGCCCGCCUCGGCGGUGACGCCCAGUCAACCAAUCACUUUGGCGGACAUUCUUUCCGGCGAUCAGCGGGCGCUCAACAAUCUUCAGGCCCUGGCCAAAUUGGGACUCAAUAAUAAUGAUGAUCUGUUGUCGAGCGAAAGCUCAUCGGGAAUUGAUUUUUUAUCAGAUUUCUGCCUGCCAGCUGCCACCUCGCCCAAUCUCCAGGCCCUCAAUCCGAUUGUCGGCGGCGUCGAGGAUAUUGGCCUCAACAAUUUCCAUGCCGUUGCCCCGCCCGGCACCACCAGUGUGGUGACCGGCCGCAAUAAGGCCACACCCAUGCAGAUCAGAUGCAAAUUCGGUUCACUGGGCACGGCCAAGGGACAGUUUAAUUCUCCGCAUGGCUUUUGCCUGGGCGUUGACGAGGAGAUCAUUGUUGCCGAUACAAACAAUCAUCGGAUCGAGGUCUUUGACAAAAUGGGUGCCCUUAAAUUCCAAUUUGGGGUCGCUGGCAAGGAGGAGGGACAACUCUGGUAUCCCCGAAAAGUGGCGGUCAUGCAUAAUAAUGGAAAAUUUGUGGUCUGCGAUCGCGGUAAUGAGCGCUCACGCAUGCAGAUCUUUUCAAAAUGUGGACAUUUUAUGAGAAAAAUAGCCAUCAGAUAUAUUGAUAUUGUGGCCGGACUGGCUGUCACAGCCAAGGGUCACAUUGUGGCCGUCGAUAGUGUGUCGCCCACCGUUUUUGUAAUAUCUGAGGAGGGGGAGCUGGUGCGCUGGUUCGAUUGCAGUGACUAUAUGCGAGAACCCUCGGAUAUUGCCAUAAGAGACAACGAUUUCUACGUUUGCGAUUUCAAGGGCCAUUGUGUGGCCGUUUUCCAGGACGAUGGCACAUUCCUCUACCGCAUUGGCAACGAGAAGGUCACCUGCUUCCCCAAUGGCAUUGAUAUAUCGAAUGCUGGUGAUGUACUCAUUGGUGAUUCACAUGGAAAUCGCUUCCAUGUGGCCUGCUAUUCGCGCGAGGGCGCCCUCCAAUCGGAGUUUGAGUGUCCCCAUGUCAAGGUUCGUUGUGUGCCCACCUACACUUACAAUCACAAUUCAGACCAAACUAAACGAGAGUCUACAUCGCACAUCUGAACUCUCAAAAGAUACUCACUUGUAAUUUACAUGUUUCACGAUGCUGCGGCCUGAAGAUCACAUCCGAGGGAUAUGUGGUCACUCUGGCCAAGAACAAUCACCACGUUCUCGUGCUGAAUACGCUCUAUGUUCACUGAUUGCAAAUUAAAGCCCGCAACAAUCGUCCGUCAGUCGACUUGAUCAAAUACAAUUAUAAAUACUCUUCAGGAAAGAUAUACGGCUGUCGUCGUCACCUGAUGCCCGGCCAUACCCACAAUGCUAUCUGUCAUAUAUUGGCCAGAAAGCAACAGAAGUACGAAAACAGGAUGAACAACGCCAGCGCCAGCGCCAAUGCCAUCGCCAAUGCCAAUGUCAAUGCUAACACCAACACAAGCGGCGGCCAAAACAGUCAGCAACAUCAACAGCAGCAGCAGCAGCAGCCGCCGCCACCACCGCCACCGCAGCCCCCGCCGCCGCUGCAGCCGCAUUCGGUUAUGGACCAUCUACCAAAUAGUCGCAAUCCAAUCGAAACCAACAGCUACAUCUUCAACCACAACUACAAAAGCAUCAAUUGCGACAAAAAUAACGUCAAUGUCACUAGCAAUGUCAGCACCAACACUAACAAUUGCCAACAAUAAGGUGUAUAUAAUCGAUAAUACAAAUAUAUAUAUACACAGUAUAUAUGUUCUAGUUGGAGAAAUACAAGGACG